AUGGUAGGCAUACAUGAGAAGAGACUGCGGAAGUGCCUGUCCAAAUUGAAAGGGAUAGAGAAAGUAGAAGUGGAUGCAAAUAGUCAGAAGGUGGUUGUAACAGGGUAUGCACAUCGGAACAAGAUACUUAAAGCAGUGAGAAGAGGCGGUUUGAAAGCUGACUUCUGGUCUGCCCAAAAUGAGCUACUCAGUGCAUAUGCCAGUGCCAGUUACGGAAGCUUGAGAUUCAACAACUUCAGCUUGUUCUAG